GUUGACUUAUCGCGAGAGUUGGCGUCCCCGUCGCUAUCAGUGUGUCCUUCUGGCUCCUGAGUCAUGAAUUAGUUUGUGGUUUUUUCCCCGCAUACUGCAGUAAAUGAGCGUCUUCGACUUAUUCCGAGGAUUCUUCGGAGUACCCGGAGGCCAUUACCGUGGUCAAAGGGAUCCGUUUUUUGAUGCCAUGGUCCAUGAUGACGACGACGACGACGAUGAUGACGACGAUUUCUACGGCGAUGACUACAGAGGGGAUCAGCGGGACCCGUUUGACAGGGCUUGGAGGUUCGGCUUCAGCUUGGGUCCAGAUGGCAUGAAGAUCCAGGAGCCUCCUGUCUUUGGUCAAGUUCUGCGAGAGAUGGAGGAGAUAUUCUCUCUGCUUGGACACUGGGAUCGAACUCCACACUCCGGGCUUCCCUCCAUCUUGCCGGCUCAGACGGAGGAUGUGCAGAAGCCUCCUGGCGCGUCCAGCGGUAACCCUCUGAGAGACUACAUGUUGAAGUCCCCUGACAGUGACAGACCUCAUGCACGCACGGAUCCACCCCGAGAACGUCCAGCUGAUGAGUCGCCUGCUUUUGGAGGCUCGCCGUUUCACAGCUGGUCACCUUUUUCAAAGUUCCAUGACAUCUGGGGACCCGAGCCGGUCAGGCCAGAGAAGAAAGAAGACAAAGAUCUGGACUCAGCCGUCUCCUCUGGUGGCCUAGACCAGAUCCUGUCUCCCCCUGCUGGUCAGAAUCAGCCUCGGUCCCGAUCGUUUUUCCACUCUGUGACGGUCACCAAGGUGGUGAAGCCAGACGGGAGCGUUGAAGAAAGGCGAACGGUCAGAGAUGGUCAGGGCAACGAGGAAACCACAGUCACCCGGUCUGGAGGGUUUGCAGAGGGAGCUGACCCUCACCCGGUCCCUGCUCUUCCAGGGGCUCCACACCGCCACUCUGACCUGCGGGACGACUCCUUCUUCUCCAAGUUUUUCGGAGGGUUUAGAUAGAAGUUUGCUCGCUGCUGAGCCACAACUUCCCCCAACAUCUCCUCUGCCUGCUAUAGUUUUGUGAAGAAGAAUGUCAAAAUCAGUUCCUACAUGUCACAUUAGCACCCAGGAAUUUCACAUUGACAGUUCCAGUGUCAUGUUCUAUUUUUGUAUUUUGGACUCUUGAGAGAUGGAUGCCAGUGUGUGGUGAAAGAAAUAAAGUCUUAAUAUAUUUAUA